UCUAAGAGCUGCAGCUUUGAUUGUUGAUACGCAACCAAACCACAAUGCAUUUUUCUCCAUCUAUAAUUUAUGUGUAGUUCAUGAAGAAUGUUAUAUGAUGCGGGCGCACGUUGGAGCUCCAUGAUGUUGCUGAUUGUCCGCUGAGUGUUGCGUUAAGGUGCGGUGAGCUCUCCGCUGUGCUGCUGCUGCUUCUGCUGCAGGGGGAGCUUCUGCAGCCCGCAGUGCUGCGAUGUGCGGCCGCUUUAUUUAUUUGUCUCUCCUGGCUGCUCCGUUUUUCCACAUGUAAUCUCAUUUGCAAGACCACUGAGGAACAAAUUCAUUAAGAGGGGCGACCUCCGUGCAGGUGAAACCAGCUUACACUGUGCGUCUUUCAAACUGAGAUGGGGAAGGCGCUCCAUCGAUUCUGUGACUAUCUACACGGUUUCUGGAGAUGCAGGUGCCCCCAAAGGAUGCCCUUUCAUUGACGGUGUAGAGGCAGUCGGGUUUUUAGGAUGCGCUCCCUGAAAAAGACGGUGUUGCUCGCCAUCCUGGUGUCUGUGGUGCUGGUGCUGGCCCUCCUCCAUUCGUGGCCCACUCGGGCUUACACCACAGUGGAUGCGUGGCAGCGACCGGGGCCAAUGGUGGAGAAGCAUCUGGAGGAGAGGCUCCCAGAACCGGACCACCGGUUAGGCAACAUCCCCUUUCAUGUGAGGGAAAAUGUGGCAAGCUUGUUGGCGCGUAAUGGAUGUGUAUGCGAGGGCGAGAGUGGUGGAGUAAACCUGCCUUUUGCCCAACUCUUGUUCCCGCGGGUGUCGGCACACCCGCUGCACACUGCCUUCGAGGCCUCUGAGCUGGAGGAAAUGAAGAGGAGACGGGCCAAAGAGUACAAAGGUUUCCAGAAAAGGUCACAGACAUCUGCUGAUGUUCUCAUCAUUGCCCAGGCUAACAAUCCCUUACAGUAUCCAACACAGGGGGUGGAGGUACGACCCCUGAAAACAAUCAUCAUCCCAGGCUUGGCCUUAAACGACCUUCGCAGAGAACACUACUCAAUAAACAUCACUGCAACGCUGGGGACUCUGAAUGUAGCAGCAGAGGUAGACAGAGUGAAAAUCAAAGGUGACGGCGAGAUGCACAUGACUCUGUCAAGCAGCCUCCUGCCCAACCUGAACCGACAGCUGCAGUUUGUCACCUACACAAACACGCUAUUUCACCCGAGCACAGCAGACGCAGUGCAGAUUGAGACGGAGGGGCAUCAAGCCGUCUUCAGCGUCAAGAUUCGUCAUGGUGUGACACCCAAACUGUAUAACACAGGGUCUAAAGGAGAGUACAAUGUCAGUGCCCUCGUUACCAUAGCUACUAAAACCUUCUUGCGGUACGAUAAGCUUCAAAAUCUCAUUGACAGCGUGAGAAGAUACUAUCCUACCGUCACCAUAGUGAUCGCUGACGACAGUGAAAAUCCCAAAACCAUCUCCGGGCCUUUCAUCGAACAUUACAUCAUGCCCUUUGGAAAGGGUUGGUUUGCCGGACGAAACCUGGCUGUCUCUCAGGUGACCACGAAGUACGUGCUGUGGGUGGAUGACGACUUCAUCUUCACAGCCAACACCAAGCUGGAGAAACUUGUGGAUGUUUUAGAGAGAACCACUCUGGAUCUGGUGGGUGGUGCAGUGCGGGAGGCCACAGGUUACACUGCCACCUACAGACAGACCAUUUCCAUUGAGCCAGGGGAGGAGGAUGGUGACUGUUUACACAUGAGGAGAGGAUUUCAUCACAUAAUCCAGGGUUUCCCCAACUGUGUUGUGACUGACGGCGUCAUCAACUUCUUCCUGGCUCGCACCGACAAAGUCCAGCAGGUCGGAUUUGACCCGCGCCUCGCCAGGGUAGCUCACCUGGAGUUCUUCAUCGACGGCCUGGGGUCUCUCCACGUGGGCUCUUGCGAUGAUGUCAUCGUCAAUCAUGCAACCAAAAUCAAACUCCCCUGGGUCAGCCAGUCAGAGAGCGACAAGACUUACGCCAAGUUUCGGUACCCGCUGGCCUCCUCUGACGCCACACACACGAAAAACGGCCUUCUGUACUUCAAGAACCGAUUCCAGUGUUUGACUCAUAAUUAGCUCCUCUCCUCUUUGUCCUGAAGGUUCCUCUGCUCUUCCUGAGUUGCCAAAGAAGUUCUCCUCCUCCGCAUCCCAUCAGAUAGGAUUUCAGACACUUUGGUUUGCCUUUUCUUGAAAACCUUGACCUUAACCUUGAGAGGCUUUCAGCCUUUACUGUAGUGAAAAAGGGCCAUUAGGGCAUUUUUAACGUGUUUAUUCAGCCAGAGCCGAGCUCUGUGGUGAGCAUACACAGUAAACAACAAGAUAAAAAAGUUCAGAGUCUCUUCAGAAGUGUAAAAACAUGUCAUCUUGUUUACACACACCGGGUGUCAAGACUACAAAGGGACUCUGCUUUUUUGUUUGUCAGAUCUUAUCUGGGUGCACCAUCCUCGAGUUGCUCUAACUCAGACACUGAGCUUUGGGAAAGCCCAACAAGUAGCAUCUAUCCAGUCUGAGUCAGUUCAAUGUCCUUUUAUGUUAAUGUGGGUGGAGGCCCAUGUGGCCUCCUUCAAUUUGCACUAUCCAGAAACACUGAGCUUGGAAAAGCAUGGAAGAGGCUGAGGACGAGGACACUUGGGGACACUUCCCAGGAAGUGACAAUCUUGCAGACACAGAGCACAGGUAUGCUUUUUGCAAACGCAUCGAAAACCUUUUCACCUGUGGUACCUCUGCUCUGUGACUGACCGGUCGGUCCAGAGGUUUGGCCGCCGGCUUUGGAGUGUUUUUAUCUGUUUGUGUGAUGGCUUUGCUACCCCAACCCUUUUACUCAGAAUCUUAAGUGUCAUUUGUGAGUGAUAAAUCACAUCUGAGACAGAGACAGUUUUGGUCCCACCCAUCUGGACUCACAACCGGUGUUACCUGAUCUGGGAGCAGCUUUGUUUUUCGUCGUCUGCUGUCUGUCACUCUCUGAAGAAGAGGUUUCUCUCCAGUGCACGCUGACGAGUAAGACUGCAUUUUCCAUCUUUACAUGCUGCCUAAAAGGAAAGUUGACUGAACCAAAGCGCAUGUUUAUUUUUCCUCAGUAUAGGAGAAGGA